GCUGACACUCCCGAGGCAGCGAACGUUUCAUUCUCGAGGUUUGAAUUAGCAGCAGCUAAAAAAAGAAUUGGGUACAACCGUUGACGGUUGUUGCAGGAAAAUCUGGUAGAAGAGCUCAUCAUCAUCAUCAUGUGGCGAUGAGGUUUCAGGUCGACACCGACGUCCGGUUGAAGCUGCCACGUUCGGUAGAAAGGGGGGGGGGGAGUUUCGUAGACAGGCAUGAGUGUGGGGUCUGAUCUAUAUGUAAGCAGCUUCGGUGUCCGUGUGUUUGUUUAAUCCUCGUCCCCUGCCAGUCCUGCUGCACUGGAAGUACUUUUGCUUCACUGGUGUGAUGAGCUCGUUGUCGCUGCAGCUCGUCAUGCUCCCCUCGGGCUGCUAGAGCUCCAUCGCCGCAUUCUGUUUUUGGCACAUGAUGCGGCUGGUGGGUUUGUAAGUUUGUGUGUCUGUGCAGCAUAAUCUGUGCUGAAGUUUGGGUUAGAGUGUAAUGACUCCACUCAUAGAGUAGAUGCUGUUGUGAACAUGAAUUAAGUUGAGGCCCCUAAUGCGUUUACCUCGUCGUUUUGCAAAUUUUUCUGUGUUCGUCAAACCCUUCGUGUUUUCAAGCUGUUUACCACCAAGCUCAUGAACUCAAACCACUGAAGGGAAUGGUAGCGGAACAAGGUUGUCUUCAUGCGAAUUCGGCACCGGGAAGACUUUUUCUAUGUGUUUGAGGGUAUGAUGUGCGGGUUGGCGAUGUGGGUCACCUAGGAGAUGUAGGAAGGGUUUCUUUUGGGCAGGUUUCAGGGUUCAGGUAAGCUAAGAGGUUCUACAAGUUGGACUGUGUGAAGAAUCUGGCACCAUGACGGCAACUGGGGCUUUCAUUACCUCGCUCUUGACCUCGUUCGCUGUCUUCUGCGGACUAUUGGCAGCGUUUGCUGUUUUGUCUAAAUUGAAGGUUAACUACAACAUCUACUAUCCGUCGCGGAUGAUUUCGGGCCUCGGACCUACAGGAUUCGCUAAAAAGCAGAAUCCGCUUGAGUGGAUGAAGGAGGCUAUCAUGACGUCCGAGGAGGAACUUGUUCGGAUCGCCGGCCUUGACGCAACCAUCUACCUCAACUUCUUCGUUGCAGUGCUGGAGAUUUUCGCAUACUCUUCUCUGUUUUGCAUUCCCGUCCUGAUUCCGAUCGCAGCCAAGAGCCACCACAAUGAAGAAGCCUACCGAUUGGAUCCUAAUCAAACUUAUGCAGGCUUCGACAAUCUUGCUAUGGGCAAUGUAGAGGAAGGAACCACGAAACUUUGGGCGUUUCUUGUGGGUACCUAUUGGGUGUCUUUUGUGACGUACUAUGUGCUUGCGAAGCACUACAAGAAGAUGAUUCAUUUGCGGGGUAAGGAGCAAGCUUAUGAGAAAGCUGCACCCCAACAAUUUACUUGUCUGGUUCGAGACAUUCCGCCAGUGCCGAAAGGCAUGACCCGGCUUGAGCAAGUGAACAGUUUCUUCAAGAAAAUUCAUCCCGAUACUUAUGAAACCUGCAUGGUCGUGACGAACAUCAAGAGGUUGCUGAAAAUCUGGUUGAAGUAUGAAGCGGCCAAGAAGAAUUUGGAGCAUGCUGAAGCGGUGUGCGAGGAACCAAAGUCGACUGCCACUCGUGAAGUUACUCGUCCAAAACACAAAUUAUAUUUUUUUGGGCUGAUUGGUCCAGAAGUAGACUCCAUCAACUUUUACAGAGAGAAAGUGAGGGAGCUUGGACGACUUGUUGAAGUGGAACAGCAGAGAACGCUCAAGGAGGAGCAACUUGGAGCCGCUUUCAUAUUCUUCAAUAAUCGGCGAGCUGCUGCUGAAGCUUCACAGGCUGUGCAUGCGCCAUAUGCCAUGCAGUGGCAAGUAUUUCCGGCACCAGAGCCCCGUGAAGUUGUUUGGCAAAACCUGGCCAUUCCUGUUUACCAGCGAAUGGUCCGCCAGGGUGUGGUCUACUGCAUGGUAUUCAUGACAGUCUUGUUCUACAUGAUUCCUAUUGCGCUCAUUUCAUCCUUCACCUCUCUUGAAAACCUUAUCAGGGUACUCCCCUUCCUCAAAGUCGUUGUCAACUAUCCCCCCAUCAACACAGUCCUGCAGGCCUACUUGCCUCAGCUUGCCCUCCUCGUUUUCAUGAACCUUCUGCCAUCACUAUUGAUGCUAUUGUCACGGCUAGAAGGCAUCCCCUCCCAGAGCCAUUUGGUACGAGCAGCCUCUGGGAAGUACUUCUACUUCAUAGUGUUCAAUGUGUUCCUCGGGGUAACACUGUUUGGGACCGUCUUCUCCUCUAUAGCUGGAUUCAAAGAACUCAGAAACUCCAAAAACUUUUCGGUGAGCAGUGUUGUCACUCUUUUUGGAAGCAGGCUGCCCCCUGUGGCCGCAUACUUCAUCACAUACGUUGCCCUUCAGAAUUUUAUUGGCUAUGGGUUGGAAUUGUCACGUGUUGUUCCACUGGCCAUUUAUCACCUGAAGAGGAGGUUUCUCAUCAAAACACAGAAGGAGCUUGAUGCAGCAUGGGCCCCACCAGCAUUCACUUACCACACUUUGGUCCCAACUGACAUCCUUAUCUUGAUGAUCUCAAUGGCCUACGCCGUAAUUGCCCCUCUCAUUCUCGUGUUCGCUCUCCUCUACUUUGCAAUCGGCUACGUUGUCCUCCGCAACCAGGCUUUGAAGGUGUAUGUCCCUGCCUUUGAGAGUGGGGGACGUAUGUGGCCCCAUAUUCACACACGGAUUGUUGUAGCACUGUUCGUGGGGCAAAUCACAAUGAUCGGUUACUUCGGCAUCAAAAAAUUUCCAUAUGCUGUGCUGGUGAUCCUCUUGCCCCUGAUUACAAUCAUCUUCGCCACCAUGUGCAGGAUAAACUAUUAUCCUUCAUUCCGGGUCACUUCACUUGCCAUCGCUGUUGAGGACGUGAAAGAGUCUCCUCCUCUUCGCAAGAUCAUUGAAGUCUACACACCUUCAUGCUUGCUGAAUGUUGAAACUAUCUGCGAAGACAGCGACAAGUUUGAAGAUGCACAGUCCAGCAUCGGCUCAAGAUCUAUGUCUAGAUCGAAUUCAGUUGUGCAAACCUGCACAGAGGAGUUCCAUGCUCUCUGAUGGCAACUGUGCACUGUCGAUGGGGUUAUGCUAGAUGGACUCUCUCUCUCUCUCUCUCGCUCUCUAUCUCUCUCUAUCUAUCUCUCUUGUGGACAUAGUAGUUGAACGGUGUCUUUUUUGUUGACAGACCAUUCAUAACGAGUUUGAUUGUGUAGCUGGGAGUCAUGUCCUGCCAAUUUCGUAGCUCCCCCCGCCCCCCACUAUGAAGCUGGAUGGGCAUUGACUGUAUAUUAUGCAAAAUGUGACAAAACGUAAUUAGGACCCUAAAUGUGAUAUUGUUCUCUCA